AUGAUACUGGAAAUUUUGCAGGUUAUAACAGCUGACAGAAGAGAGUAUAGUAGGAAAUCAGGAUUUCCAGAUCUCAGUGUUCCUCCGCCAGCUACAUUUGAAAACUUUCAACCGGAUUAUGGAUUUAAUCCCGAACCAGAACCCUUUUAUGGCCCUGGUUAUGAACCGACACAGGACUGUCAAUGGAGCAAUGAACCACCUCCUGCAUGGGCUCCUUCUGAAUUGAAAACGUUGACAGGCCCACCUCCGAUGGGACCACCAUCCAUGCAUAUGGGCCCACCACCGUCGAUGGGAAUGAGGUCACCAAGUACUCGACGUGAUAGUAGUCCUCACAGAGAACAUCGAGAUCGUGAAAGAGAGUCUAGAAGUCGAUCUGAAAAACCUAGAGAUCGAGAUAGGGAACGAGAAAGAUCUCAUAGAAGGGAAAGAUCAAGGAGUAGAUCUCGGAGACAUAGAUCAAGGUCCAGAAGUCCCAGUCAUAGGUCUCACAGGAAGAAGAAGUCUAAAAGACACGAUGAUAGUGAAUAG